GAGGUAUCCAAGUAUCCAGAAUUUUAAGUCUCAAAGGAAAAAGGUUAAGAAACAAUCCAUUUGUCCGCCAUGUGUACUGGAAAGUGUGCAAAAUGCAUCGGAUGCCUUCUGUUUCCAUUGGGUCUCUUAUCCAUAGUCUCAAACAUCUUGCUGUUUUUUCCCAAUGGUGGUGUGUGGAGAACUGAGGAAAUCACAGAAAAGAUCUGGUUUUUUCCUGGGGUUAUCGGAGGUGGAUUAUUGGUGUUAUUACCUGCUUCAGUGAUGUUUACUGCAGGGGUGGAUAGGAGCUGCUGUGAAAACAGAUGUGUGAUGAUGAUGUCCAUGUUGAUGUCUGUGCUGGGUGUAGCUGGAGCACUGUACUGUAUGAUCGUCUCUGUCGUUGGUUUACAGGAUGGCCCUCUUUGUGACACAGGAGAUGGAACCUUUAUCUACCCCUUUUUUAACCAGACUGCAGAGGAGAGUUACUUGUUUAACCACACAGCUUGGACAGAAUGUGAGAGGCCACAAAAUGUAGUGGUGUGGAAUGUGGUUCUAUUUUCAAUUCUUCUGGGCGUUGGUACCGUGGAGGCUAUGCUUUUACUAGCACAGGUGGUCAAUGGACUCAUCGGAUGUCUGUGUGGAACGUGUAUGAACAAUAAUCAGCAAACUCAGACGGCCUGA